AUGGCCGGGAAGGUGGCACUGCUCCUGUGGGCCCAGACCCUCAGCCUCGCUGGUGCCCAGACCACCCAGCUCCUUGUAGAGCCCUCCAGAGGCUCGGUGCUGUGGGACCGGGUGACACUGACCUGCCAGGGCUCGGGGACUGCCAGUGCCACCACCUGGUACAAGGAUGGGCAGCGCUGGGGGCAGCAGGGAUGUGGCCGCCUCACUGUCACCCUGAGUGGCACCUACACGUGUGACAGACCCGGCACUGGGCUCAGCAUCCCCAUGAGAGUCUUAGAUGACCUGGUGGUGCUGCAGGUGCCAGCAUGGGCACUGCAGGAGCGGGACAUGAUGACACUGCGCUGCUGGGGCUGGCAGAACAAACUGCUCACUGACGUGUCCUUCUACCAUGAUUGGAAGAAACUGGAGGGGCUCCACAAUGGGACAGAGAUGUCCCUGUCACCUCUGCAGCUGCACUACAGUGGCCACUACAGCUGCAGGGGCCAGGUGGUGUCACAGUGGAAGGAGUCGAAGCUGAUGACAGUGACAGUGCGCAGGGUCCCGCUUUCGGGGGUGUCCCUGUCAGUGCAGCCCCCCAGAGGACAGGUGGCACUGGAGGACCGCCUGGUGCUGAGCUGCACAGUGGCAGUGGGGACAGGUCCCCUGUGCUUCUCCUGGCACCAGGAGGGCUUGGGGGCACCGCUGGACACCAACCGCCACCUGGAGAUGCACCACGUUGGGGACAAUGACAGAGGCCAAUACCGGUGCUGGGUUAGCAACGGGGACAGCGUGGCUGAGAGUGACGCCCUGAAUGUCACAGUCCUGGCACCUGUGGACAAUGCCACCAUCACCCCCGGUCCCCUGUCACACCAGGUGUGUGCAGGUGACCCCGUGACCCUGCGCUGCUCGGUGCAGGUGGGCUCAGCCCCUGUCUCCUUCACCUGGCUGCACAACGGGCAGGAGGUGGCCAAGGGUCCCCUCCUGGAGCUCAGGGCCAUCAAUGUGGGACAUUCGGGCACCUACCAGUGCAUGGCCACCAACCAGCUGGGACAGGACGGGCACCGCGUGUUCCGGGCACCCAGCCCAGAGCUGACCCUGGAGGUGACACCUGGCUCACCCUGGGUCACAAAAGGUUACCAGGGAGUGCAGGACCCCUGGGGGCCCCCACGGAUCCCCCGGCCCCCCCCAGAGGAGGGGGAGGUGCUGUACACCCACGUCGUGGUCACCAAGAGGGCAGGGGUGACCCCUCGUCCCAACACACUCCAGGAUCCCCAGGUGACCUACGCGGAGCUGCAGGGACAUCAGGGGCGACCACAGGAACCCAGUGACAUCUACGGGAAUGUGCUGUGA